AUGAGCCGCGAGACUCAAAAUCACUUAGUCAUGGAUAGUAGCGAAAAAAGUAGUUGUGCUAGUGAACAUAGCGAAGUAUAUAGUUCUGAAACAGAUGAAAGUAUUUGCAAAGGGUGUUAUGAUAACGAACCUGAAUAUACUGAAAGUCAGUUGAAAAACAUUUGUUCAUCAAAAACUGCGAAUGAUAUUUCAGACGACGACGAAGAUGAGGAUUUAGACUCAAGCAGGUUAGAAAACUUACAUUGGUGUAAGUGUAAAAAAUGUGAUAUACACGAGUUAAUGACUGUUGAAGAAUGCAAGUGUUGUUUGGAGUUUACAACUUUACUGGGAGAAAAGCUGGAAGAGAAUACAUGUAUUACCUUGCAUAAAGAUUUUAAUAUUCUUUGUUUAAAUCGCACCGUAUUAGAGACAGCAAGCAUUAGACAUCGCAGAUAUCAAAAUAAUUUCAAGGAUAUAAAAUCUUUUCAAAACAAACAACUACGCUUUUCAGCAUACAGACAAUAUACGGCUUGGGUGCAUUACUAUGAAAUGUAAUGUCUGUGAAAGUGU